AUGUUCACCACCAUCAGAACUAUCCUCUGCGGAACCAGAGCCGAUGCAGCUGGGUCACGCCAGGUUAACCCAACAGGAAAAGGACCAUCGAAGAGCAGCUCGUCCCUGCCUGUAUUGUGGAGGAUCGGGUCACUUUGUUGCCAGCUGCCCUCAGCUGCCAGCAAAAGACAGGGCUCACCAGUAGAACGGGAGCUACUGGUGGGCCAAACUUCAACUUCUCCGCUUCAACGUUUCCAGUUUAAUGCUACGCUGUGUUGGAAGUCCGUUUCCCUACCUGUCUCUGCCCUCGUGGAUUCCGGCUCGGAGGAGUGUCUUCUGGAUGAUAAUUUGCUAAGACAGCUGGGCAUUCCUACCAUUCCUCUGAGUCAGUCAUUAGUAGCUCGCUCUAUAAAUGGACUUAGUUUAGCCAAAGUUUUCCAAAAGACUGUACCUGUUGCCCUAGUAAUUGCUGGUAAUCAUAGAGAAGAAUUAACCUUUUGUGUUAUGGAGAAUGCUAACCCUCCAAUGGUGUUAGGCUACCCGUGGUUGGUUCGUCACAAUCCACAGCUAGACUGGCGACUCAGGAAGGUUUCUUCCUGGAGUCCAGCCUGCAAUCAGAGUUGCUUGCUGUCUUCCCUCACUCCAUCAAGUUCAGAGGUUUCCAGUCCUUCCGAACCAAUAAAUUUAGACAAUGUUCCUUCUCAGUAUCAUGAUCUAGCUAUGUUUUUUAGUAAAUCCAAAGCACUUUCUCUUCCUCCUCAUCGCCCAUAUGAUUGUGCGAUUGAGCUUUUAGACGGGGCCACAUCAUUACCUGUCUCCCAGGGGAACUCUGUAAUACUUACCAUAGUGGACCGUUUUUCUAAAGCAGCUCACUUUGUGCCUUUGCCCAAGCUUCCCUCUGCCAAAGAAACUACAGAAGCACUAGUCCAGAAUGUCUUUCGUCUGCAUGGAAUACCUGCUGAUAUCGUCUCUGAUCGUGGUCCUCAGUUCACAUCAGAGGUUUGGAAAACCUUUUGUAAUGCUCUGGGUGCCACUGUAAGUCUCACUUCUGGAUAUCACCCUCAGUCUAAUGGACAAACCGAACGUGCUAAUCAAUCCUUGGAAGCCUUUUUGUGGUGUAUGGUCUCAGAGAACCCUUCUUCUUGGUGUGACAGGCUUCCUUGGAUUGAGUAUGCCUAUAACUCUUUCUCUAAUGACUCGUCUGGCUUAUCCCCGUUUCAGUGCUCUCUAGGUUACCAGCUACCCCUGUUUCCCUCCCAGGAAUCGGAGAUUAACAUUCCCUCUGUCCACUCGCUGGUGCGUCGGAUGCAGAGGACCUGGCGGCAAGCUCGGUUGGCACUUCUGUGGGCUACCCGGAGGAUGGCUGCUCAGGCUAACUGCCAUCAAGGGCCUGCCCUGGCUUAUCGGCCUGGCCAGAAGGUAUGGCUCCAGGUGAAGGACAUUCCCCUGCAUGUGGAGUCCCGGAAAUUGGCUCCCAGGUUCAUCGGGCCCUUUGAAGUGGACCAUGUGGUUAACCCUUGCUUGGUACGUCUACGUUUACCUUCUACUAUGAAAACUCACCUGACGUUUCAUGUUUCGCAGUUGAAGCCUGUUGUGGACAGCGCUCUGGCCCUCCCUGUCCAUCCCCCUCCUCCACCCAGGAUUAUCGAUGGGCAGCCGGUUUACACGGUCAGACGCCUGCUGGACUCCCGUCGGCGAGGCCGGGGCCUUCAGUUUCUGGUGGACUGGGAGGGGUAUGGUCCUGAGGAACGGAGUUGGGUUCCGAGGAAUCAUAUUAUGGACAGGACUCUGAUUAUUGACUUUUUUCGCCAACACCCGGACCACCUGGUUCGGGUACCUGGAGUUUCCCGUGGGGAGAGGGGGUACUGUCAGGCUGGCGGCUGCCAGAUCUAGAUAGUGCUCUCUCUCCCUCUCUCUCCUCCUUUUUUUCCUUUUUAGGUGUUCCUGGGAGUAAUUGCUGCGCCAGGUGUUUCACAUCAUCCUCAUCAGCCGGUUCAGGAGCAGGUGGAACACUGCCAAUCAGACCUCACUCUCUCAGCAUAUAAGCAGACGCUACUCACCUCUCAGUGCCAGAUCAUGAUACAGCCUUUUUGGAUCUGCCUGCUCCUGCCUGGUCUCACCUGGAUUCUUCGCCGUCUUCUUCACUCGGGGUUAAUCCAUCACAGCCGCUCCUUGGCGUCCUCUUCAUACCUACCUGCCGUCUCAAGUUCUCCCUGGUUUUCGUCCACCUGAGGUCCUCCAGCGUGAGCCCGGUCUGAGCAUCAGCCUAGUUUCAGUCUGUGAUUGUUUAUCUAAGUUAUUCUGAGUGGCAUUUUUUGUGCUCUAUUGUUACUGUUUAGCCUGAGUCUCUAGAAGAGUGCAUUCGAGCCUAUUGUUUAUGUUAAGGUUUAGAGCUUUGUAGUUUUAGUGAAGUUUCGUUAAAACCUUUCUUGCCUGGGUAUUACCCACUGUGACUUAGCGCCUUAGGUUGUUGUUUGUCCGCCUCACCACUAGUAAUGUUAGAGUGCUCAUCUCGAGUAUAGUGUAGACCAGUUUUGAUCCUUGUUUUGGCUUGUAGUAAAUCUCAGUUUGUGAAUAAACUCUGUUGAACCGCUUCAGCGUGUCUGCUUGUUUCCUGCACCUG